ACUGUUUUCAAAGUUGCCGAAAUGCCACGUGCGUCCAUUUAUAUCAGUGCAUUCGUAAUAACCUAACCAUUACGAAACUUAUAUUCGAUCAAAUAAGGCUAUUGUAGCAAAUUAACAAUUCCAUUUUUUAUUGACCAAAUCCGACACUCUCAUUGGCCAUAAAAUAAUAACCUCACUUCGUGGUCUUAUUUUCGUGGACAGAUUUUGGGCGGAGUAAACCCUCUCGCUUCAUCUCUUCCUCUCUGGCUAUACCUGAAGUUUUGAGGACUCUUCUGGAAUUUGGGAUUUUCUGUGGAUUUUCUGUGAAUACUGAGUGGACCCAAUUGAUCUCUUCUAUAUUAUUGAGGAUUAAUCUUUAAUUUAUUAACCAUUUAUUUAGUGAAAUGGCAAACGCGGGGAUACAGCUCCUUGGAUUCGUCUUGUCUUUUCUUGGCUUCAUCGGGUUGAUAGCGUCCACGAUCAUGGCCGAGUGGAAACUGUCAUCCUAUGCUGGGGACAACAUCAUAACGGCGCAAGCCAUGUACGAGGGGCUUUGGAAGUCUUGUGUGUCACAGAGCACUGGUCAAAUCCAGUGUAAAGUGUACGAUUCACUGCUCCAAUUAACGGGGAUGGUGCAGGGCACACGAGGUCUCAUGGUGGGUGCCAUCCUGUUGGCUGGCAUUGCGAUUCUGGUGGCCAUGGUGGGCAUGAAGUGUACCACCUGUCUGGCUGAGGACCAGGAGAAGAAGGACAAAGUUGCCCUGACUGGAGGAAUCGUCAUCAUUAUCGCAGGUCUGUGUGCUCUGGUGGGGACUUCCUGGUACGGGAACAGAAUAGCAAAGGAAUUCUACGACCCCUUCACUCCUACAAAUUCCAGGUAUGAGUUUGGCAAGGCCCUGUUCGUAGGUUGGGGCUCUGCUUGCUUCACCAUCAUAGGUGGAGCCUUCCUCUGUUGCAACUGCUCCAGUGAAGGCUCAGGAAAGUCCUCCCGCUACCCCCCGAACCGCUCCGCUGCCCCACCAGGCAGAGACUACGUCUAGAGCCUGGGGAUAUCCAGGAGACCAGGGUCGUGUUCAUUAGGGUAGACGUUUCAAAAUGUUGUGCAAUGGAAAUUGAAAGCAAGCCUUUACUUACUGGUCAGGUAGUGCCUUCCCGUUUCACUCCAUUUAAGUCCGUUUUCCUCUGUUUUGUGCUAAACAUGACCCACCUCCAUCCAGCCACUCUCUAUUCUGGGUACAGCACUGCCUAGGGUCAAAGCUGGGGUUAUUUUUGUUGAUUUGAUGGUUGGUUUGGUUUGAUUCAUGAUUUCUGUUAUUUUCAUUUCUGGUUGUUUUACUGUGAGACACUCCACUAGCAAGCAAUAUAUCCAUGAUGCAUACAUCCAGUACUCUAUUACUAUUUUCACACUAUCGAUUCAACCCAAACUGCACUGUGCUGGCUCUGAUGUUUUCUUUUCACACCGUUCAUGAUUCCAGCAACUAUGGUGGAUGCGGCAGGGUAGCCUAGUGGUUAGAGCGUUGGACUAGUAACCGGAAGGUUGCAAGUUCAAAUCCCCGAGCUGACGAGGUACAAAUCUGUUGUUCUGCCCCUGAACAGGCAGUAAAUCCACUGUUCCUAGGUCGUCAUUGAAAAUAAGAAUUUGUUCUUAACUGACUUGCCUAGUUAAAUAAAGGUAAAAAAAAUGCGUAACGAGGAGAGCACUGUUCAGCUCGGCUCAGUAGUGUGAAAAUAGUAUUUGUGUGUAGUUUGAGAUGUACAGUGCAUUCGGUAAGUAUUCAGACCCCUGGACUUUUUCCACGUUUUGUGACAUUACAGCCUUAUUCUAAAAUGGAUUAA